CACCAUCAUGCUCGCCCUGGAGGCUGCACAGCUCGACGGGCCAUACUUCAGCUGUCUGUACCCAGAUGGAAAUUUCUACGACCUGGACAGCUGCAAACAUCCCAGCUACUCUGACUCAGAAGGGGCUCCUGACUCCCUGUGGGGCUGGACUGAGGCCCCAGCUGUCCCUACCUCCUCCUAUGAAGCCUUCGACCCUGCCGUGGCCACCUUUGGCCACCCGCAGGGUGUCCAGCUCUGUUACGGACCCUCAACCUACAGCCCUUCAGGGAGCCUCGACCCUGCACCCAGCAUAGAGGCCCCUGGGCCCAGCUUCCCAGCAUACCCCACUGAGGACUUCACCACCCAGACCCUGGGCCCCCCGGCAUAUGCCCCAUAUCCCAGCCCCGUGCUGUCGGAAGAAGAGGACCUCCUGCUGGACAGUCCCCCCCUGGAGGUCUCAGACAGCGAGUCAGAUGAGGCCCUUGUGACUGGCCCCGACGGGAGGGGAUCCGAGGCAGGCGCCCGUAAGAAGCUGCGCCUGUACCAGUUUCUGCUGGGACUGCUGACGCGCGGCGACAUGCGCGAGUGCGUGUGGUGGGUGGAGCCAGGCGCCGGCGUCUUCCAGUUCUCCUCCAAGCACAAGGAGCUGCUGGCGCGCCGCUGGGGCCAGCAGAAGGGCAACCGCAAGCGCAUGACCUACCAGAAGCUGGCCCGUGCCCUGCGCAACUACGCCAAGACUGGAGAGAUCCGCAAGGUCAAGCGCAAGCUCACCUACCAGUUUGACAGUGCGCUGCUGCCCGCCGCCCGCCGGGCCUGAGCCCGAGGGGGGCUCUCGGGGCUCUCAGGAGCUCCCCGCCGGUGUCACGUUGGUGUCCCCACACCCUAGGUCAUAGGACCUGUGGAUUCCCCAACACUGGGGUGGAGGGGGGGGCUGCCAUAAUCCCUAAGCCCUGCCCAGGGCCCCUCUGGGAUUCCCUUGUCAUGUCCAGGAUCCCCAGGAUCCGCAUGGCUCGGGUCACAGGACCCAUAGGCGACUGUACAAUGUGUCUGUGUGCAGGCGUAGGGCAGUGCUUCCAGAACCCCAAGAGCUUCUCUGGGAUCCCCUUGUGAUGUCGGAAGUCCUCCGACCAGGCUGGGGACCCCUCUGAGACCUCUUGUGUGUUUGAGACCCCCCAAUCUCAUCUGAGGGAGGGUGAGCCCACAGAUCUUCACACCAGGAGGAGGCGCUGCCAGCAACCCUAAGCCUUGUCCAGGGGCUCUCUGGGAUCCCUGCUCACUUCUGGUUCCUUCCUGUCAGACCUGAGAUCUCCUAGUUAUGUCUGGGACCUCUGGGUCACCUUUAUCAUGUCUCGGAUCUCUGUGCCCAGCUGUGACUGUUGUCCUGUCUGUCCCCUCAAAUCCCUUGGUCAUCUUUGAGAUCCCUUAAUGCUCUGGAACCACCCUGCUAUCACAUUUUUAUGUCUGGAAUUCUCCAGUCACAGCUAGGAAGGCCCUGGAAUCCUUUGGUCAUGUCUGAACACAGUCUUGUCAUGUGGGGGGGAGGGGGUUUGGAGUACCUCUGUGAACCUUGUCUUGUCCGGGCCACCUCUGGGGUCCUCUCGUCUAUCUGGGAUCCUCCAAUCACAUCUGCCCCUCCACCCCAGGAUUUCCACCUGAUAUGCCCUUUUGGGGACCCAACCAGUAGCCCUGAGUUGUCAUGGGGCCCUCCGUAGGGCCAUGCCGGGGGGGUCAUUCUAGCCAUUCAGCAGAUUUAUGGGUGCCUGCCCAUAAAUUGCCUGCCCCUCCCCCCAUGUCAUUUUUAAUAAGGGGUCUCAAACUGGUGACUCCCCACCCCAUUUCCUGCCCCUCGCGGUGCAAAUCAGGCCCCUCCCCCCUUCUUGGUGGGGUUGUCUAGUUCACUGCAAGAAUUUUUGGGUUUUUUUGGAGGGAGCAUUCAAAUUAGCUGACAUUUCAGUAUAGGGAGAUUUUGCAAAAUCCUUCACUUAAAACUGCACAAUCCAGCGACAAUGGGCAGGCUUUUCAGUGUGGAGAGGCUGGAGCAGGGUGGCACCUCCCCCCCACACAAUUGGCUUCUGUUCUCCAAUCUGUGGGGGACCCCACCGCCCCUGGCUGUCAUACACCUCUGGUUUCUCUCAGUUUCCUUGGCCCCUAACCAUUUCCAUUUCCACCCGUGUGAAGUGGCAGAUGAACAGUGGGAGCUCUGAUUAGAACCCCUGGGGGUAUCAAAGGCUGUGGCUGACCCAUAGCGCCAGGUCCUUGAGCCUGGAUGACUGGGGGAUCUAGGGUCAAAGACUGCUUCUGGGCCUCAUUUGUCCCUUCUGUGAAAGGGGAGAGGAGGAGGAAGAUCACGAAAGUCCCUUGCAGCACCGUCCACAGGCCUUCCAAACAUCUGAAAUCCACCCUGCCACCCACGGAUGGCAAGGAGGAAGAUGAAAAGGAGUAUCACGGACCCAGAGAGGAAAAGGUCCUUGCAGGGUGCACAGCUGGUAGCAGAGCCCAGCCUGGGUGGGACCUGCCCUCAGGAGGACAGUCCCCUCACCUUGGGGAGGGGGCCAGGGUGGGAGGGGCUUGUGGGAGACAAAAUGUCCUCCACAGGGCCGCUUCUUGCAAAUGAUGUACCUUUUGCAAAAAAAACGAUCAUCCUCCCAAGUGUGGAAUAAAAUAAACGAAACAAAUCAAGGUAGACGGAU